UGGAAAGGCAGCGCUGCACAUGGUCCUUCUUCUGGUUAUACGCGACCAUCUGGAGGUCCAGGAACACGUUCUGAACGUCUUCUUUAGGUUGAUGGACGCCAGAAUGUUCCCUGUCCACGCCAGAAAAAGCCAGGAAACUCUCUCCUCUGAAAAUAUCACCUUCGAGAUCCAGGCUGGGAUCGACGUCUCUGAUGUGCUCACAGUUCAAGAACUGUCACACAGUCUGGAAUUCUUUAUAUCAUCAGUUAGUGAGAUCGGUGUAAUUCUCGACAUCGAGACCUCAACAGUGUGUUCCUCGGAGGAGUCGGGAUACCGGUGCAGAUGUCAGGAGGACUUCGUCUGGCCGCUGGACCGCUGCCAAGUCGACGGCUGUUCCGGUUGUGGUGAAAAUCCGUGCCGGUGCCUCACGGUGAUUCCCAGAGACGGCCAGUACUGCCAGCGCGCCACAGAUCCAGACCCAACAGAAGCAGCUCAGAGCGUCACACACGAGACUGAAAUCCUCGGGAACAACACAGAAGGAAGUCAAACCUUCACCUGUUCAUUCGCUCCCCAUCAACAGUUCAGUCCGACCAUGACAUUAAGAUGUACCAACAGCGAUACUGAUCAGGUCAACGCCAUGUUUGGUUCGGCUGCUUUAAAUGAUGCGGCUGCAGCAAACUGCGAAACCGCCAACGUGGGAGAAAUAAGAGCGGUGUGUCGGGACAGCACUAAUGUUGAAGAUAAACAAGAUAGCUGUGUCCUGGAGCCCAUUCAGAGACUGCUGGACUGGUCAGAGCUGCUGAAUCACCUGACACUGCCGGAUUUCUUGGAUGAACUCAGCACUGUCGCCGUCGAUCUCACCUCGGAAGUGGUUCAGUCCCCUUCGGCCAUAACUUCCAUUGUUAAAAUCCUCCACAAUGUGGCCGGGGUAGCACUGACUACUGUCUUAAACCAAACAUUAAUGGAGGAUGUCCUUUUAACCGCCGGCGUUCUCACCAGAGACGAAGCGAGGGAAUCGUGGAAGUCCUUGUAUGACGUCACUAUCAACUCUUCAGAAACAAAUUUUCCGGGAAGCAGUUCCUUUGAAAGAAGAACGUCAAACACAAACAGCUUCACACAAGAAUUGGUUGCAACACGGAUGUCAGAAAUUCUCAGCGUUAGCUCGUUGUUCCUGCAGUCUCUUGAGACGAUAACAACCCGUCUAAUUAAUGAGACUGUGGAGAUUGUCACACCUCUGAUUCUCUUAAACAAAAAUAGAUCUAGAGGCUCUUUUAACCUUGAAACUAACCUCACAGAGAUCGACAUUCCAGAAGCAAAUGGAUUCAUCACAGCGAUUACGUUCAUCUCCAUGGAUAAUGUGCUUCCUGCGAGAGACGAGGCUAAUUCAACAUCGAAGUUUAUCAACGGCAGGGUUGUGCUCAUACAGUCCACUGACACCGUCGACAAUAUUUCGUUCGCCUAUGAACGUCUGAAUCAGUCACUGGAGAACCCUGAGUGUGUCUUCUGGAACUUCAGCCUGUUUGAUGGUCUGGGCGGAUGGGACGACGAAGGCUGCCAGUUUGUACGGAGAGAGAACAACACUUUCACCUGUGUCUGCGACCAUCUCACCUCCUUCUCCAUGCUGAUGUCCAUCGGGACUCCAGACGAUGAAAGUCUGGCAUUCAUAACCUUCAUUGGACUUGGUAUCUCGAUGAUAUCCUUGAUCAUAUGUCUCAUUAUUGAAGCAAUUGUUUGGAAAAUGAUAACAAUCAGCCAUACUUACUACUUGCGCCAUGUUGGCAUUGUUAACAUCGCUGUGUCUCUGCUCAUAGCAGACAUUUGGUUGAUCGUUGCGUUGACCAUUCCAGAUCGGAGUAACAUUCCCGUCUGCAUUGCAGCAACAUUUUUUGUCCAUUUUUUCUACCUCACCCUGUUUUUCUGGAUGCUUGCCUUGGCUCUGCAGCUGCUUUAUCGGACAGUCUGUGUUUUUAGACACAUAUCCAAAUCAUCCUCGUUGGCUGUUGGAUUCUGUCUUGGCUACGGAGCUCCCAUCAUCAUUGCAACAAUAACGAUAGCAGUGACUGCACCUGAAGACGAAUACAUCCGACGAACAGGGGGCUGCUGGCUGAACUUUGAUGAGUCCAGGGCUCUGCUGGCGUUCGUGAUUCCGGCGCUGCUCAUUGUGCUGAUGAACCUCAUCAUUUUGAUCAUUGUCAUCUGCAAAAUAUGGAGGACCAGAACACCAGGGCAGCCCAACGAAACGCAUGUUAUAUGGGUCAUCAUCAGGAGCCUGGCCGUCCUCACGCCACUUUUUGGACUAACUUGGGCUCUGGGAGUUGGGACCUUGGUCGAUCCAAACAACCGAGGAAUUCAUAUCACGUUUUCACUCUUCAAUUCCCUUCAGGGUCUCUUCAUAUUAGUGUGUGGAACAUUGCUUGAUAGAAGGGUGCGAUCUUCCAUUGCGAUUCUCCACACUGGAACAAAGGUUCUGCAGACCAAUCGUGGACUCUCAAGCAUACUGGGAUCAAUUUGGGAAAAGAGACAAGAUAGAGAGCAGCUGAGACUCUCCACCUCAGAGUCCAGUUCUGCAGAAAGUCUCCACUCGGGUUUGGUUCAGCAGAGAGUCUCCACCUCUGCAUCCACUCCUGCAGAAACUCUCCACCAAAGCUUGGCUCUGCAGCAAGUCUCCACUGUUGAGUCUGAUUCUGGAGGAAGUGUCCUCCUCGGAGAUUGCUGAUUCCAGUGUUGAUGCUUUCUCUCUUGUUGAAUGAUGGUAAACAAGCUUAAGUUCAGUGAGUCAAAACUCCAAACUCCAUCCCUGCUAAAGCAUGUACUGUACACCCUUUGUCUGUUUAGUGAAAAAGUUGUGGUGUGCCUCUUCACGAUCUGUAAUUACAAUCAGGCAUUGGAGAAACGACUUUUCAUCUUUGGUUUGAAGUUUUCCCUCAAGCUUUACUGCAGAUUGUGUGCACACACACCGCAGCUACAAUGAAAGGCGAUUGGAAAAUGUUGUUUGCAUACCGGAGUGUAAAUGUAAACGUUUUGCACAGACUGAGCCUGUUAACUCUGUAUUGAUAAUGAUGCUUUGGCAAAUGGUGUGUGAGACAUCAUUACGAAUGACAUGUGCAGGUUUGCACGAGCGUUUUCCUGACGUUUUCAAGUAGGACCAUAGCUUGAAUUUUUGCAGCAUUUUCAACUCUGGUAGUGUUUUUAUCAGAGAACCAACCUCUGAUGUACAUCAUGGAGUCCUGAAUGACUUCGACACAGUCGCUUGGACAUGAUUGUCUUUCAGUGAAGCCCUUUUAUUGGGUUUUGACAAGAAACAUCUCUAAUGAAGUUCAGGUUUGUACUCUUGACUGUUCUCCAGCGGUCGCUGCUGAGCUCUUACCAGGGGUUCUUACAUACAGAGCUGAGUGUAAACUUUUCACUGUAUUUUUCAUGAGAAGGCAGCAUUCAUUUUGGCUCCUUGGUGAGAUUGAAGCGGUUUUCAAUGUAAGUAUAAAACAUUUUCAUUACAUAUACUCUGCACUGCAACAGAAACUUCAAAGAUUUUAAACUUAAAGGUUAUUUAAGGGACUAUAUUUUACAUGUUGAAGACUCCUUGAGCAAACCAUUGAACCAUCUCGACAUUUACAUAUUGUUUUUUUUUUAGGUUUUCUCAGUAAUAACAUUCAGUUCUUUGAGACCCAAGAAUAAAUUGAUGAGGA